AUGCACGGCUCCGGCAACAUCUACCUCGACUCCAGCAUCUCCUUCGAGAAUUACCUGUUCUGGGCCAAGCGCUCCCGCGAGUUCGAGAAGCACAUCCGCACCGACAACCAAGGCUUUCAGCAGUUGUGGAAUGUGAUGCUGGGGCGCGCGUCCAAGGAGACGGCCUCACCGGCCCCGCGGAUUGUGGAUUCGACGACCGAAAAGCAGAAGGGUCCCUACGGCAUUACUGAGACGGAGUGGGAGCUGGCGCAGCGGGCCGCGAGAACGGCGACUUGGGGCUCGAUCUUCUAUCUGAUUACCACCGAUAUCCUGGGUCCGACGAACGUGCCUUGGGCGAUCAGUGAAAUGGGCUAUGGGCCUGGUUUUGCGCUGUACACGGUCUUCGGUAUCAUGGCAUACUAUUCCGGAAUGCAGCUGUGGAAGAUCUUCAACGGUCUCGACUCAACCCGCUAUCCCAUGCGCAACUACGGCGAUGUUGCGUUCCGGAUCUUCGGCCCCGUUGCUCGCAUUGGCGUCAACAUUCUUCAGAGCUUCCAGUUCUUCCUGAACGUGACCUUGCUGAUUGUCAGCAACGGCCAGGGGUUGGGUCAAAUGGCUGCCGGAGUACAUGGCACGGGAAAACUAUGCUUCAUCGUGUGUGAGGUCAUCUUCAUGCUCCUCGGCUUCAUUCUAGGACAGAUUCGGACUUUGCAGCGCCUGUCGUGGCUAUCGAACCUGGCCAUCUGGAUGAACUUUACUGUGAUUCUCAUCACUAUGGGCGUGGUCUACGUAUACCCCCCCACCGACAGUGUCGCCAGCUCUACCAACCUCAAUCCCGAGCCCAUUCGGACCAGCGCCAACUGGCCGGCGGACGGGACUCUAUACACUCGGAUGACGGCGGUGAUGAACUGUGUCUUCGCCUACGGUGGAGCCACCCUCUUCAACGAGCUGAUGGCCGAGAUGCGGCGCCCAUUCGAUUUCUGGAAAGGUUUCAUCUGCGCCGAGGUCUUCAUCUACGUGUGCUACCUCGUGGAGGGCAUGGUCGUGUACAACGCGCAGGGACAGUAUACCUUCAACCCGGCGUAUCAGGGAAUCCCCGACUCCGCUUACAGCUACCAAACCGGCUGUAACGCCCUCUCGCUCAUCUCGGGCGUUAUCGCAGCUCUGCUGUACGGCAACAUCGGCAUCAAAGUCUUCUACGCCUCGGUCCUGCGCGACGUCUUCCACUUCCCGCCGCUGGAUCACCGCACCGGCAAACUGAUCUGGAUUGCUCUUGUCCCGAUCUACUGGUGCCUCGCCUGGAUCGUCGCCGCCGCCAUCCCGCAGAUCAGCAACCUCACCUCCUUCGUCGGUGCUCUCUGCAUCCUCCAGUUCUCCUAUACCUUCCCGCCGAUGCUCCUCGUCGGGUUCAACGUGCAGAAGGACGCCAUCCUGCCCGAGGAGACCUUCGACCCCCACACGGGCGAGACCCGGCGCGUGGAUUCCGGCUGGAAGCGCUGGGUUCGCGGGUACCGUCAGCAGUUCGCCCGGAAUACCUUUGAUGUGCUGUACUCGUUGGCCGCGUUGGGCACGGCCGGGCUGGGGCUCUGGGCGUCGAUCGUGGCGAUGGAGGCGGAUUUCAAGAGCUCGGCGUUGACGCCGUUCACGUGCACGAACCCGGCGGGUUAG